AUGGACGAGGAAAUAAAAGUUGUUCAGCAAUUGAAGCAUCAUAGAAUAGUAGAAUACUACGGCAACAGCAGAACUGAUCGAGUGUUAUCGUUGUUUAUUCCUUAUAUGGAAAUGGGCUCACUGGCAAAAUUUAUGAAAUCAAAACCCGACGAACGGCUCUCAGAGUGUGACACGUCUAUGUUUACAUUUCAAGUACUUGAAGGACUUGAUUAUCUCCAUAAACAGAGUGUAAUUCAUAGAGAUAUAAAGGGUUCAAAUAUCUUAAUGCUUGAUGCAAAGAACAUUAAAAUAUCUGAUUUCGGUGUAGCUAAAAUUUUGAACACGUUAUCGCGAGCACAUACACGAGAAAAGGGAUCAAGGAACUGGAUGGCACCAGAAAUGUUCCAGGAAGAGGCUGACUAUAACAUAAAAGUUGAUAUAUGGUCAACUAUUUUAGAACUCAGUGAGCCUAUUUUAAACUAA